AUGCAUCAAGGGUAUAGCGUAGUACCACGUUAUCUACUUUAUCCCUCAAUCGUUUUCGACAUUUAUCUAUCGCUUGUAGAUGAAUUGAACGCACACGCAGAGAGGAGCACAGCGAUUUCCUCACCUGCUACGGAGAUGGCAAUUCCACCUUUGGCACAGAAGGAAAAGAAAAACAACAACAACCAGUUGACGCCAAACGACUAUACGGAGCAUCCAUCUGAUAGAGUCAUGCCCAAAGUCAUGCAUAAAGGGAAUCUCGCAAAUACCAAGAGAAAGGGAAAAAUCUCAUCACUCUCGUCAACCAUUACAUUACUAACGAACAAAGAGAAAAAAGAUGAGCAAAUCACACAGAAAACUAUGCUACAGCUAAUAUCAUCCGACGAAUUAGAUGGUGUGACAGUGGCGCUUAGCAGCGUUUGUAAAUCACUUCCAAGGAACGAACUCUGUUUGACACGAACUGUUUCCUAA